AUGGUGCACAGUGCCUAUGAUUCCUUUGAGCUCCUCCGAGGCUGUCCGACGAAAAUCGAUGCCGUCGCGUCCUACGCUUCGAAGCUCUUCCUCGGCUGCACCGAUGGCGCGCUACGAGUCUACGCCGCCGAAUCCGAUCGAUCUUCUUCGUCGUCGGAUUACCUCGGUCAAGCGCAAGAACUUCGGAAGGAAGGAUACGCCCUGGAGAGGACAGUGAACGGAUUUUCCAAGAAGACUCUGCUGUCAAUGGAGGUACUGGCAUCGCGGGAGCUGCUCCUCUCGCUCUCUGAGUCGAUCGCUUUCCACCGGCUCCCUAAUUUGGAGACUUUCGCUGUGAUCACCAAGGCCAAAGGCGCCAAUGUUUACUCCUGGGAUGAUCGCAGAGGCUAUCUCUGCUUCGCGAGGCAGAAGCGAGUCUGUAUCAUCCGCCACGAUGGUGAGUUCUCUCGUCUUCUAUUCCAGAGCUGCUGCUGCAAUUCUGGUGCUUCAUUUCUUCUUCUUGAACUGAAAUUUGAAAGUUGUUCUUCAGCAGGACGAGGAUUCGUGGAGGUGAAAGAAUUUGGAGUGCCUGACACGGUGAAGUCGAUGGCCUGGUGUGGCGAGAACAUAUGUAUUGGAAUUAAGAAGGAAUACGCGAUACUGAACGCCACUAGUGGUGCAUUGAGCGAGGUGUUUCCUUCUGGUAGACUGGCUCCGCCUAUGGUCGUCUCUCUUCCUUCGGGAGAACUUCUUCUUGGCAAGGAGAAUAUUGGAGUAUUUGUGGACCAAAAUGGCAAGCUUCAUCAAGCUGAAAGGAUUUGUUGGUCGGAAGCUCCCUCUGUUGUUGUGAUUCAGAAACCGUAUGCUAUUGCCCUGCUCCCAAGACGUGUUGAGAUAAGGUCUCUUCGAGUCCCAUACCCAAUGAUUCAGACCAUUGUUCUUCAGAAUGUUCGUCGUCUUGUUCAGAGCAAUAAUGCAGUAAUUGUUGCGCUAGAUAAUUCUGUGCAUGGACUCUUCCCUGUUCCUGUUGGUGCACAGAUCGUGCAAUUAACAGCAUCUGGAAAUUUUGAAGAAGCUUUGGCAUUGUGCAAGUUACUUCCUCCAGAAGAUGCAAGCCUUCGAGCUGCAAAGGAGGCAUCCAUUCAUAUAAGAUAUGCCCACCAUCUUUUUGAUAAUGGGAGUUAUGAGGAUGCUAUGGAGCACUUUUUAGCUUCCCAAGUAGAUAUCACCUAUGUACUUUCUAUGUAUCCGUCAAUAGUUCUUCCCAAAACAACUUUGGUUCCUGAAAUGGACAAGGUAGUGGACAGUUAUCCAGAUGCUAUGCAUCUGUCAAGAGGUUCUUCUGGUGCAUCAGAUGAUAUGGAUCCCUCGUCUGCUUCACAUUUUGGCGAUUUUGAUGAGCAUUCCGCACUUGAGUCCAAGAAGAUGAGCCAUAAUACUCUCAUGGCUCUAAUCAAAUACUUACAGAAACGCAGAUACAGUGUAAUUGAAAAGGCUACUGCCGAGGGGACAGAGGAGGUUGUUUUAGGUGCAGUUGGUGAUAAUUACGGACAUUACGACUCCAGUAGGGUCAAAAAGUCUGGCAAGGGGCGUGGUAAUGUCGCCAUUAAUUCAGGAGCUAGAGAAAUUGCUGCUAUCCUGGAUACUGCACUACUCCAAGCACUUCUGCUUACUGGACAGUCUUCAGCUGCCGUAGAAUUGCUCCGAGGCCAUAAUUAUUGUGAUCUGAAAAUAUGUGAGGAGAGUCUUCAAAAGAGACAUCACUAUUCUGCUUUGCUGGAGCUUUAUCGAAGUAAUGCCAUGCACCGUGAAGCUCUGAAGCUUCUGCAUCAAUUAGUCCAAGAGUCAAACUCAGGCCAAUCUGAGGUUAUGCAUAAGUUCAAGCCUGAGGACAUUCUAGAAUAUCUCAAGCCUCUCUGUGGAACAGAUCCUAUGCUUGUUCUAGAGUUCUCAAUGAUCAUUCUAGAAAGGUGUCCAACACAAACAAUUGAGCUGUUUUUAUCUGGGAAUAUACCUGCAGAUUUGGUCAACUCUUAUCUGAAGCAGCAUGCUCCAAACAUGCAAGGAAGGUAUCUAGAACUGAUGCUCGCAAUGAAUGAAAGUGCCAUAUCAGGAAACCUGCAAAAUGAAAUGGUGCAAAUCUAUCUCUCUGAAGUUCUUGAUUUGCAUGCGGAAUUAACUUCCCAAAAGAAAUGGGACGAGAAGGCUCAUUCCCCGACGAGGAAAAAGUUAUUAUCUGCUCUAGAAGGCAUAUCAGGAUAUAACCCUGAGGCUUUAUUGAAGCGUCUUCCUCCUGAUGCAUUGUAUGAAGAAAGUGCAGUUUUAUUAGGAAAGAUGAACCAGCAUGAACUUGCCUUAUCCCUCUAUGUACAUAAGCUUCAUCUACCUGAUCUGGCAUUGUCCUACUGUGAUCGCAUUUAUGAGUCUGCAACUCCACAACCUUCUACUACAAAUUCUGGCAGUAUAUACCUCACGCUUCUACAAAUCUAUCUUAAUCCCAGUAAGACAACCAAGAACUUUGAGAAGCGAAUCACAAAUAUAGUAGCUUCUCGGAGCACCAGCAUCCCUAAGGCCAGUUCUGUGAGUGGAACCAAGACUAAAGGUGGCCGUGGAGCGAAGAAAAUUGCUGCAAUAGAAAUUGCAGAUGACUUGCGUAUGAGUCCAAGUGGCACUGAUAGCAGCAAGAGCGAUGGCGAUACAGACGAAAUUAAUCAGGAAGGCAGUUCUACCAUAAUGCUUGAUGAGGUGCUUGAUCUCUUGAGCAAAAGGUGGGACCGAAUAAAUGGUGCCCAAGCCCUCAGACUUUUACCCAGGCAAACUAACUUACAGAACUUGCUGCCGUUUCUUGGACCUCUACUGAGGAAAUCAAGUGAAGCGAACCGGAACCUUUCAGUAAUCAAGAGUUUGAGACAGAGUGAGAACCUGCAGGUAAAAGACGAGCUGUACAAGUAUAGAAAAACAGUCGUGAAGAUCAGCAGCGACAGCAUGUGCUCCCUUUGCAACAAGAAGAUCGGAACAAGUGUGUUUGCUGUCUAUCCCAACGGGAAAACAAUCGUCCAUUUCGUUUGUUUCCGGGACUCCCAAAGUAUGAAGGCCGUCACUAAAGGUACAACACCACCUCCUAGAAAGUGGUGACAUAUUUUUUUUCAGACAGGAUGUUUCACGACAUCAGCAGAAAACCGCUGAUACAUCAUCAGCUUUGAGAUGGUAAAUACCGGAGAGUGCAUUGCCCUUCACAUGAAACUGCUUUUUCGGCCUGUGAGAGAACGAUACUGAAUUGGCACGCUUCGAGAUGCUUGUUCUUCAAGGGCUUGUUGGUUAUCAAUUUCUAAGUUUGAUGGCUUUAUCGGUGUGGGGGAAGUUUACUUGCCUGUGUUGUAUGUCUUGCAGAGUUUGUUCCUUCGAUUUCCGUUCUUCUGAGUGAAGUCCCCAUUGACAAAACGAAUGGCAUAGUGUUGUUGAUAGAUCGAUAUACGUUUUGUUUGUACUUACGUGCUU